GUAAUUCAUUAUAAUUCGACAUCGACUGCACUACCCAGGUUGCAACUGGGGCCUGGCCGAUGGCGCGCUUGUUCUCGGCGUCGGCGGCCAGGUUGGCCAGCGCGCGCGCUGCCUGCUCCUGCGCGCCAAGGGCGCCGCCAGCCAGCAGGCCCACCAUCAUGCCCUCCACGGCGCCCGGGGCCCGGCCGAUGGCGCGCUUGUUCUCGGCGUCGGCGGCCAGGGUGGCCAGCCGCGCGCGCCGCCUGCUCCUGCGCGCCAGGGGCGCCGCCAGCCAGCAGGCCCACCAAGCCCUCCAGGGCGCCCCGGGCCCGGCCGAUGGCGCGAUUGUUCUCGGCGUCGGCGGCCAGGGUGGCCAGCGAGUUCGCCGCCUGCUCCUGUGCGCCGGGGGCGCCGCCAGCAAGCAGGCCCACCAUCGUGCCCUCCACGGCGCCCGGGGCCCGGCCGAUGGCGCGCUUGCAAUUCUCGGCGUCGGCGGCCAGGGUGGCCAGCGCGCGCGCCGCCCACUCCUGCGCGCCGGGUGGCGCCGCCAGCCAGCAGGCCCACCAUCAUGCCAUCCACGGCGCCCGGGGCCCGGCCGAUGGCG